GAACAAGGAAGUUCUAAUAUUUUGUAAGGUCGCUGCCAUCGAGCUGGAGGCAAGCAUGUCUUAUUCUGCUAAAAUUGGUCCUUCUAUUUUGAGCAGCGAUCUCGCACAACUAGGAGAUGAAUGCAAACGAAUGAUGGAAUGUGGAGCCGAUUACCUUCACCUUGAUGUGAUGGAUGGCCAUUUUGUCCCAAACAUUACAUUCGGCCACCCCAUGGUAGAAUGUCUACGGAAUGCCGUGGGUCCGGAUCCUUUUUUUGACAUGCAUAUGAUGGUGUCCAGGCCGGAGCAGUGGGUGAAGCCAAUGGCUGCAGCUGGAGCCAGCCAGUACACCUUCCACUUGGAGGCCACCACAAACCCAGGCAACCUCAUCAAGGAGAUCAGAGAGAGUAACAUGAAGGUGGGCAUUGCUAUCAAGCCUGGGACCACUGUUGAGGAGCUCGCCCCCUGGGCUGGACAGGUUGAUAUGGCUCUGGUCAUGACUGUAGAGCCUGGGUUUGGUGGCCAGAAAUUUAUGGACGACAUGAUGCCAAAGGUCAGUUGGCUACGCAGUCAGUUUCCCUCCCUGGACAUUGAGGUUGACGGUGGAGUGGGACCAAAUAGCAUUCACAGAUGUGCCGAGGCAGGGGCCAACAUGAUCGUCUCUGGCAGUGCCGUCGUCAGUAGCGAAGACCCCCGCUCCGUCAUCGCCCUUCUCAAGAACGUUGUCAUGGAGGCAAUCCAAAAGCGCUCUCUUGACCGCUGAUUGACAGCAACUUUAGAGGACCCCCCCACAGCCACCGGCCUCAAGCACCUUUUACAUCAGUU